AGGUAAACAUUGCUUUAUUGUUCGUACGUAAACCGGGAGUGUCGCAUCUGUUUUUUGUUUCGAAAUAAUUAUUGUUUUUAAACUACACAAUGAAUAAGUGGAUCGUUUUAUUGUUUGUCUUUGAAGUUGCUUGUGGAUAUACUCCGAAUAGAAAUGAGCUCAAGGUCCUGGACAGCAUACGCGACGAGCAGCCGUGCCUGAGCGCUGGGGGGCGCUGCGUGGUCGCCGCUGACUGCCCCAGCGAGGGGAGGUUGGAACAACGCGGCCUGUGCCCGGCGCAGCAGGCGAAGGGAGUCGAGUGCUGCUAUGGAGUAUCUAUUAAGGAGACCCGGUGCAGAGGAUUUGGGGGUACUUGCUCAGACACAUGCCCUGUGACACUCAGCAGGACGCAAGCCAAGGAUUGUCCUGCGGACCAGGAGUGCUGUGUUUUAGUGUAAAUAGUGUAAUGAAUACAAUAAAAAAUAUAUAAUA